GGAUCUCUGACCAUCACAAACACCAGAACUGAACAUGCUGGAGAUUAUGAACUAGAGAUCAACAGUGUGGUAAAGACUUUCAGUCUCACUGUCAAUGCAAAGUAUGUGUCAGUAACAACUGGAAAUUCAGUUACUCUAAACUCUGGUCUUACUGAAAUAAUGGAUGAUAAUGAGAUUCUGUGGAGAUUUGGAAAUAAAGACAAUUUCAUAGCUGAAAUCAAUAAACAGGCCGGCAGAUUCGCUGUACAUGAUGAUGUUCUUGAUGGGAGAUUCAGAGACAGACUGAAGCUGGACAAUCAAACUGGAUCUCUGACCAUCACAAACAUCACAACUGAACAUGAAGGAGUUUAUGAACUACGGAACAAACGUACAAGCAGUUUUCCUUUUGUUCUAACUGUCUUCGCUCGUCUGCCUGUUCCUGUCAUCAGCAGUAACUCUUCACAAUGUUCAUCAUCAUCAUCAAAUUGUUCAUUGUUGUGUUCAGUGGUGAAUGUGAGUGAUGUGACUCUCUCCUGGUACAAAGGAAACAGUUUAUUGUCCAGCAUCAGUGUGUCUGAUCUCAGCAUCAGUCUCUCUCUACCUCUGGAGAUUGAGCGUGUGGAUGAUUCCUACAGCUGUGUUGUGGCUUAUUCAUUCACCAACCAGACAACACAUCUCAACACUGAACUCUGUCACACAUGUUCAGACUCUGUCCACUGUUGUGGUUCUACUGAAGCUGUGAUCCGAUUGGUCCUCUCUGCUCUGGUGGGCGUGGCUACUGUCAUUCUUCUGGUUUAUGACAUCAGAUCCAGAAGAGCUGAACAAGAUCAAGCACAUACUUACCAGGGUUGGGGCCAUUCAUGAAUUGAAUUGAGAAUGAAUGAUAAAUUCCAAUUCACUUACUGGAAUGGAAUUGGAAUUGCAUGCAGCUGACAGGAAAUGGAAUUGGAAUUGAAUUGGAAUGUCAGGAGACAGAAUUGAAAUCAAAUAAAUUCCACUAAAUUCCACUUGAGAUAUUUAGGCCUGAGAGAUGCAAUCUUAGCGAUGCCAAAUUUCAGGAAAUGAUGAUAAUUCGAUGCAAUAAAAAGUGAAUGAAAUACAUGAUGGACAUUUUUUUU